AUGUCGUUCAAGGAUAAGAACGGUUCUGAUGAGAGUCUGCUUGGUAAUGAUGGAGACAGCGAGGGAACCAACUGGACCCCAUUGAAGCAGCGACAAAGUUGGAAAGGCCGCGCCUGGUUCACUUUCAACCUCAUUUUCUUCUUUAUAUCCUUGUGUCUCUUUGUGGCGACCUACACGAAGAUAAGCUUAGUGUCAGAUAUGGAGCAUGUUCGUAAGACUUCAUUUUACUCUCCUGUCCUGGACUCGAUCAACUUCAAACUGAGGCCCAUAGAGACCGAGGGUGGCUUGUUCGAAGCCAAAAAUCCUUCCAAGUGGCGAAACUACCUCAAGCCCGAUCCAGCAGUUGAUGAAGCAUGGGAAGACCUCGAGAACAUCCGUGUGUUCCCCAUCACCGAGAGUGAGGUUCGAAGGCUAGGCAAAGAUCCAGAGCUUCUUGUCAAGUUUCCGCCGCAGUACGGGCUUGGUGAUAAUGCGUACAUGGCACAAAUCGAUAUGUUCCAUCAGAUUCACUGCCUUAACCUCCUUCGACAUCUGGCGUGGGCCGAGUACCACCGGAAUGGAACUGCCAAGAAACCAUUCAGUGAACUGCAUUGGAUUCACGUUAGCCACUGCACUGACAUACUUAUGCAGAACCUUAUGUGUAGUGGCAAUUUGGACAUUAUCACAUUCAACUGGGUUGAAACACAGACAAAUCCUUUCCCGGACUUUGCUGUCAAUCAUCAGUGUAGGGAUUUCGAAACGAUAUACGAGUGGCAGGAUAAGAACUCUGUGCCAAAGGAGUGGGGACGAAACGUUACACGACCAGAAGGCGCAAAGCAAAUUCCAAUCAGCGAAGAGUAUUAUCGGAUCUAUGGAAUCGAGAAGAACGAAACUGAGAGUGAAUCAAGCCAUAGUAUGUAG